AUAUUUGACGAAGUUAAUUCGCGAAAUUUUCAUAUGUCAACAGUUAGCAGAAAAAUAUGUGUUAUCGAAGGCACAUUCAGAACAUAUAGAGAUAUAUAGCAGUAAUAAGUGUGUAGUCUGAAUAAAAUUACAUGUAAUUUGUUGACAACAAAAGAAAGCGAACGGUUUCAUAGUUUCUUGUAAAAUAAGUGAAAGUUGAUCAAAGUGAAUUCCUGGAUAUUAUGACAGACUUCAAAAUUUAAAGGAUCUUUGUCUUUCUUGAAAACAUAUCUGUCAACACAUUCACAAUGAAUUUUGGAGUUAAUUGGGAGGAAGAACAUAGAAGAACAUUAUUAGAAGGAAAUGCAGCACUGGAGCGUACUUCGCAAUCCAUUAUCAGAUCUCAAGCAAUUGCUAUUGAGAGCGAGCAAAUAGGGACAGAAGUAAUCUCUGAACUGAGUGAACAAAGAGAGAGAUUACUGCGAGCAGACAGAAGAUUAUCCCAAACAGACGAAGAACUAAAUAAAACAAGAAGGAUAUUAAAUGUUAUGAGAAGGAGGAUUUUAAUGAAUAAGUUUAUAUUAAUCAUAAUUAUAUUACUAGAAAUAGGUAUACUUGGUGCUAUUAUAUAUAAGAAAUAUUCAUAAUUACAUUAUAUGUAUAUUGUAUAUAAACGUAUAUAUACAUAUAAAUAACAUAUACUUUAUAUGUAUAUAUGCACAAGCAUUCACUAUAUACUUAUUUUUAUUUACAUCAUGUGUAAUAUAUAAUGUGCGAUAUACGUGCGCAGUUUCUUUGAUGUCGUAUUAUUGUAAUUAUUAUUUUCCAACAAAUUAAAUGUAAAAUAGCAAAUAUGUUACAGUUUGAUGUAAUUUUGAACGAUUGAUGUACCAUGUACUAUGAAAAUACACAAUAGAAAAUAAGAGCUACCAACCAUAGACGACAAUUAUCGUUAAUAUAUAUAUAUGCAUAUAUUAUCAUUGCAUGAUUGUGUAUCCUCCGUUAUAAUAUUUAUUUGUAAUAUAUCUCAUGUUCUAAAAGCAAUAUGAGAGCUGCUUAUUUGCUUCUGGACAUGAAAAUAAAUGAAAAAUAAAUCUUUA